AUGUCAUCAUCACAAAUGCAUCCUCGGCAGUGGACGUCGCCGCAUGUUGCCAAGCAGCGAACACAUGUGCGGACCUACCAGGCAGCUGCAGUCGCAGCUGCUACUGCUUUGGUGAUGCCACGAAAUCGCUGUCAAAUGCGGGCGGAGCAACCAGAAGUCGUUGACACUGAAAACGCAGACCUUCCCGAAGUGGUCGAGGGAGAAAGCGACAUCCAAGCCUAUGGUGGCUAUCCUGAACCACCUGCGCGGAUUUUCGAAGGCACUGAGGAGAUUGAUCUUGAGAAAAAAGAUAAACGGCCAUCUGGGUCAAGUGAGAAGGGCACAUACUUCUGGAAAAUGACGCAAGAUAAGAGAUUUAUUGAGGUUGUUGUUCCAGUCGAUGACUGGGUCGAAGCGAAAGACGUCAUCUACCGGGUGGGUGAGGAGCCCGAAGACCCAAGACGUGGACCCACCUUGCAGUUGGGCUAUCGAGUCAAAGGAGAAGAUGGCAAGUUCGAAGAGAACCUACUCAUUGAUGGGCAGGUUCUGAAUGCGAUAACAAGGGAAGAGUCCUUUUGGAUUUUGGACGACAUGGUCGGAGUGAAGGUGAUCAUUCUCACGCUUUCACGACCUCGAAUGAGGAGGCAGCGUCAUGAUCCCAUUCUCCGAAGAAAGACUGAAGAGGAGAGAAUAGAGCCACAGACCUGGGAUGCUUUGCUGGUGGAAGACCGUGAUACCCCAGAUGUCACGCACAAAGUCUUCAUGGACAUCGAGCUUGAAGGCAAACCCGCGGGAAGGAUGGAAUUUGGGCUUUUUGGAGCUGCGCUGCCCAAAACUGUCGAAAACUUCCGUGGGCUUUGCAACGGAGAGUAUACCGAUGCAGAAGGACAAGUCAAGAAAGCGGCUUUUUGCUACAAGGGGUCAACAUUUGGCACCAUCAUGGGCCAGCACAUCAUGUCAGCAGGAAAUGCUGGGAGGGAUGUGGCGAUGAUGGAGCUUUCUGCGGAUGAGUUGGAAGACUACAAUGAGUUCUUCAAGGACUUUGAUGCCCGUCCUCGAACUGUUGGGAAGGUCAAGCUGGGCUGGGCUUUGCGCUGGGGUGGAAGUUUGGGCUUGGGCGAGGACGUGUUUGGAACGCAACGAGUGGAAGGGCAGGCGAUUGCCCUUGACCGCCGUGGGCUGAAUUGA